UGACCGAGAGAAAGCUGGUUCUUUUUCUGCUUGGUUUUGCGCACGCACUGACAGCAGACUACUCACACACACGGCCGUCAGAAAAGCGGCCGCAAUGAAGGCCUGAUUUCCUGGGUGGAGAAAAGAAAAGGAGAGAGGGUCGUGUCUUGGAGCGUUCUCCCGAGUCUCCACUGUUUUACCUUCGCCGGAGCGUGUGUCGGGGAAAUCCAUCUGUCUCGUGAAUGUAUGAUCCGCUGCACAUCCGCAAACUUUUCGGGUGUACGUACACCGUAUAAUAAGCUUUCUACAUAACGAACGAGCCGUCCAGUUUUUGGUCUCGUCCCUUCGGCUCUGGACGAAAAUUUCGCGGGUGACAUCGCCGAGCCACUUCCGGGAGCAGGCCUUUUCUUGUUUCCGUGCUCCGCCACCGCAAACUGUGUCAUCGUUCUGUCAGUUCUCUUGUUCUCACCACGUUUCCUCAGGGUCUUCGAAAACGUGUUUCUGUGCGUAUCCGCAUAAGCCAAAAAGGCUUGCGUCGACCUAAACCGCCGUCUUGCUGAGUCCCCGUGUCUACCUCCUCCAGUGUUGCUGUUUUUCUCCGUUCGAGUAUCCUUUACGUUUCACUCUGACUUCUCUUCGAACGGAUAUUUCCCACCUCAGAUGCAGCAUUAUCUCUAAUUCGGAACCGUAGGCACGUCCGCUUGCCCGUUCCUCCGUUUUCCGCAGUAGCGAAUCCCGUUUUUUCCCUCUCGGCGAAGAACCAGUUGUCUUGCAUUCUUCGCUUCCCACGUUGGCACACUCCGCGUUUCACCUACCUGUUGGCUCCGGUACGCCGUUCGUCAAUUUCGUCUCUUCACCGUUGGUCCUCCUCGAUUUUCUUUGACUUUCUGCCCUUUCCAGCAAAAUGGACGGUGACUUCGGCGCAACCGGCGGCGGCUUCGGCGACAUGGCCGACUUCACGUCUUCCCCGGGCCUUUCGCUGAACGCUCCAGUGUUGUCUGCUGACGCCUCGUCGCCUUUCUCGCGUUCACCGCGCCAUGAGCAAAGACAACCGCAGCUAAGUAGCGGGAGCGGCGGGUAUGAGGAUGUCAGCUCCUCGGUGUAUUCGCAGAACGACUACGGCUGCCUGAAUGGUGUGCGCAGCUCGCCGCAAGACGACGACGCCUUUUUCGCGGAGGAACCACCUGUCAACGACUCGUUCCUCGAGGAGAACGACGUGUUUGCCAUGGGCCGGGAGAACAGAGAAGUAAGCGACGGGUAUUCGCCGCCGUCUCUGCAGACAGGGAGCGAUGCGACGCAGAAGAGAGACACGAGCUUCGACGACCGCGUCGGCCCCAACGCUCAGGCCAACGGUGUGUACGGCCUGCCGCAGGACAGCCCUCUGGGGGAAGCCACUCACGAAGAGCCUCCAAAGAGCGCGCCCGGCCAGCAGGCGCCAAGGAUGGCCAGUGGAAGCGUCGAGGCAGAGAUCGACGAGCAAGCACGCCAAGCGGCAGAGGCGAUGCAGGAGCAACUGAGGCAGGAGGUCGAAGGCCGGAGGCGAGAGGAGGAAGCGCUCAAGCGUGAACAGCGAGAACUUGCACAGGAAGAACUCAAGGACUUCUACGAGCGCAGAAAGCAAAUGAUUGAGCGAAGAAGCAAGGCCAAUCAGGCGAAGGAGAACGAGACUCCCAACGGUUUCGCGGACAACCGUGAGGGCAGCUGGACGCGCGUGAUUCAGCUGAUCGACGCAGAUGACAGGGUUCGCUCGCGGGCAGGCAGCAGCGCUGGAGCUGCGACUUCUGCAAGUGCAACUGCUUCUUCCAAGGAUCGGUGUAAAAUGAGGGAGCUGCUCGUCGAGUUGAGCGCCCAAGAGAAGCCUGGAGAGUCCAACUGAGCAAGGAAACGAAGAGAUGGUGAGCUGAGUCGCGUGAUCCUCGCAGAGACGAAAGGGAGUGGCGACCAGUGAGGAGGGAGAGGCGGCGGCUAAGAGUUCUCGUAGGAUUUUAAAGGUCGGCUCCCCAGUCUUGCAGAGGUUGUGGGCUUCGACUGGUGGUUGCGAGGCCUGCGGGGAACGGUGCGGGUGGAGAGGAGUGGAGAACAGGUGGAUCGGGGACUAGGGGCUGUCAGGGAACGCGAAACAGACACUGCGGGACACUCGGUGUGGUGGGGAGAGGAAAGCAUCGCUGCUUUGCUCAAGUGAAGAGACAGGUUUGCGUCUCUUUGUGGACCCCGUUCCGUAUCGACAUGUUUAAAAACCGGAAGAGAGUGGCGUGUGUGUGUUUCCCCGCGUAGAGGCGUUCUUCAAAACACACGCCUUUGCUCUUGGGCGUCGCGCAUGUUCAAGCAAAAGUUUUCUGUGCAACCAGCACGGGUGUGACGGCACUCCCUGAUCUCACGAGUUACAGAAGUUUUUUCUGUCGAAAAUCCGCCAUGGCUGACGCACAGUUGAGCCGACACGCGCCAGUCUCUGGGACACCGGCGAACGCCUCACCAUCAGCGAAGCGGCCGAGCUGCUCUGCUAUCGAGCAACAACCUUUGACCCGAGAAAAUCAUGUUUGUGGCAAGUACUUCACCUCACAGAGGAACGCCUGCAAACAUGUGGGUACAGAGGGAAAAGAGACAUGCCGUAAAUCGGCAAAAGUGGGUGAAUCGGAUAUAGGGGGCGUAGACGGCGAAGCGAGAUGUGGACUUCUCAAGUUGCUCGACAGGCUGACGUAUGAUCCACUGUUCGUUAACACGUAUUCGAGGAGAGAGACUGCAUCUCUAUCACCCGCUAUGGUGUUUCGCUCUUCCACAUGAUAACUGCGAUCUGGACGUUUGAGCAUGUGCACCUCUUGACUGUUAGAACUGACGUUCCUACAGGAGCAA